AUGGACAUCACGACAGAGCUCUUAUCACCAUCCAAUGAACUCACGUGGGAUAUCUUGGACUUGGUCCAUGAAAACCCAACAGUCAUCAAGUCAAAAAUCUACGAGAGUUUGUUGAACACGCCAUCUUCGAUCAGCAGAACCGCCAUCAGAUUCAAAAGAUCAGGUAUCUCUGGUGGCAUUACCGGAUACAAAGAGGAGAUCAGACUAGACGAGGUGGACAAUGCCAACUCUGCCAAUUCGUUGUCGAUCAACAGAAAGUACACCUCGAAGAGUGAAUCCAUAAAGGGUAAGACCAGUUUUUUACCAUUUCAACCUGGUGGAUUGCUUGACCACGCUCAAAAGGGAAAGCCUCCAAAGGACGAGGCUGCAUUUCUUCACAAGAGUGAAUUAGGGCUAUUUGAUAUACCACAAGGAUUAACCAGAGGUUUGAACAUUCCCGACAACCUUGCCCAAUCUGAAAACAUUACCCAGUUGGGACAGGACUCCAAUGAGGACGAGGAGAUAAACGAUGAAAAUAUAGAAGGUAGCACUGCAUUGGUAGAAUCAGAAGAGACCAACCAGUCGUUGAGUACUCCUUUCGAUGCAAGCGAAAUCGAUGGAAUAGUGCCAGUUGACUACUCAGCCCUCCGUAACAGCAUGAAGAAGGACAUAGAAACUAAGCGAAACUGGGCUCAUGUUGUGGACUUGGAUCAUAAGUUGGAUAAUUUCCAUGAACUUGUUCCCAAUAUGGCUCGUGAAUGGCCUUUCGAAUUGGAUACCUUUCAAAAGGAAGCAGUUUAUCAUUUGGAAAAAGGUGACUCAGUCUUCGUAGCCGCCCACACUUCUGCAGGUAAAACAGUCGUUGCAGAGUAUGCUAUCGCUAUGGCUACCAGAAAUAUGACCAAGACCAUCUAUACUUCUCCAAUCAAAGCCUUAUCGAAUCAAAAGUUCAGAGAUUUCAAAGAAACAUUCAAAGAUGUGGAUAUUGGUUUAAUUACUGGUGAUGUCCAAAUUAAUCCCGAUGCCAACUGCUUGAUUAUGACCACUGAAAUUCUAAGAUCAAUGUUGUACAGAGGUGCAGAUCUUAUCAGAGAUGUUGAAUUUGUCAUUUUUGAUGAAGUUCAUUACGUUAAUGAUGUUGACCGUGGUGUUGUGUGGGAAGAGGUCAUUAUCAUGUUGCCAGAUCAUGUCAAGUACAUCUUGUUAUCUGCCACAGUGCCGAAUACUUUUGAAUUUGCCAACUGGGUUGGAAGAACUAAACAAAAAGACAUCUAUGUGAUUUCUACCCCUAAAAGACCUGUUCCUUUGGAGAUCUUCAUUUCAGCCAAGAAUGAAAUGUUCAAAGUGGUUGAUUCACAGAGACGAUUCCUCGAAGGUGAAUUCAAGAAGCACAAGGACCUUCUAGAAUACGGCAAAAACGGCCCACCAAAGGCUGUCAUGGGAAGUGGAAGCCGCGGUGGCCCAGGAGGAAGUGCGAGAGGUGGAAACAGAGGUGGAAGAGGUAGUAGUACAAGAGGAGCCAAUAGAGGUGGAGGUCAAUCAAGAGGAAACUUCCUGGGUAAUUCAGGAGGAAGAUUUCAACAAGAUGGCCCCAACAAAAAUACUUGGAUCAGUUUGGUACAAUAUUUGAAGAACCACACAUUACUUCCUGCAGUUAUUUUCGUGUUUUCGAAGAAGAAAUGUGAGCAAUACGCAGACACUUUGACUAGUGUCGAUUUUUGCACAGCUAGGGAAAAGUCCGAAAUCCACAUGUUUAUUGAUAGAGCGGUCUCUAGAUUGAAAAAGGAGGAUCGAGAACUUCCUCAGAUCUUGAAAAUUAGAGACAUGUUAAGCAGGGGUAUAGCUGUACAUCAUGGUGGAUUAUUGCCUAUUGUUAAAGAGUGUAUUGAAAUAUUGUUUGCAAAAACUCUUGUCAAGGUUUUGUUUGCUACAGAAACCUUUGCCAUGGGAUUGAAUUUGCCAACUAGAACAGUUGUCUUUAGCUCUACGAGAAAGCAUGACGGUAGAGGUUUCAGAAACUUGUUACCAGGUGAAUUCACUCAAAUGUCUGGUAGAGCAGGAAGAAGAGGUUUGGAUGAUACAGGUACAGUUAUAGUAAUGGCUUACAAUCAACCAUUGUCUCCGUUUGAUUUCAAGGAAGUUACACUUGGUACUCCUACUAAGUUACUGUCACAGUUCAGAUUGACAUACAAUAUGAUCUUAAAUCUUUUGAGAAUUGAGGCAUUAAGAGUGGAGGAAAUGAUUAAACAUUCGUUCAGUGAAAAUUCCACUCAGGUAUUAAUGCCUGAAAAUCAGAAAAAGGUUGAGCAAUUAUCAUUAGAGUUGUCCAAGGUCAAAAUUAGCAGCGUCAGUGAUGCAGAUUUGCAGGAGUUACAAGAAACCUAUGCAUUAGUGGAUGAAUAUGAGCAGGUUUAUGAAGAGAUCAUCAGAACUAUUUUGGACCUGCCAAUCACGAGAAAUAAUUCUCUCAAGAUUGGUAGAAUGGUUUGUUUCAGGGAUAAGAAUGAUGCAUUAAGGAUAGGUUUCAUUUUGAAGCCAAACGACUCUGAUGGUAUGAUGAUUGUAACCUUUGACCAUGGUAGUCUCUACAACAGUGUCAGCUCAAAAUGCAAACUCCCAUACAUUCCAUUAGCUGAAUAUUUGAAGAAGCAUUUUAAGAGAAUUGAGUUCAAUGGAGGUUUGAGAGUCGAAUCAGUUCCAUUAGCGAAGAUUCAUUUCAUUUGCAAGUAUGCACUCAAGGUUCCACUUGUGAAGAUUUUGAAUAAUGAUCCACAAGCAAUUGAAGAAGCAAAAGAAUUAAUCAAAAUUAUUGUCAAGCUCCAAAAUAGAUGGGAAGAAUUGGAAUUUGCCAAUGUUUCUCAAAUUGCAUUUUACGAGCUCAUUACCAAAAAAGAUGAGCUUUUGAAUAAAUUGGCGAACUCUCCAGUCCUCUUGACAGAGGGAUUUAGACAGCAGUAUGCUGAGUUAAGGUCGAAGCACCUGAUUGAAAAAGAGAUUGAGAGACUCAAGAAAGCAUUGUCCGAUGAAAAUUUGGAUUUGUUACCUGAUUAUGAGCAAAGAUUAGAUGUGUUGCAUUCCCUAGGUUUUAUUGAUGAUAACCAAAAUGUGGUCUUGAAGGGUCGUGUUGCAUGUGAAGUCAACUCAGGAUGGGAACUUAUUAUAACUGAAUUGGUCUUGGACAAUUUCCUCGCUGAUUUUGAAGCAGAAGAAAUUGUUGCAUUACUCUCUUGUUUUGUCUAUGAAGGCAGAACAAACGAGGAAGAGCCAAUCUGUUUGACCCCCAGAUUAGAAAAAGGUAAGAAGCGUAUCAUGGAAAUUACUGGGAAAUUGUUGAAGGUGUACUCUGAUAAGCAAGUCUUGUUGACCUCUGAGGAGGAAGAAUUUAUGGAGAGAAAAAGAUUCGCAUUAGUCAACGUUGUCUACGAAUGGGCUAGAGGGUUGUCUUUCAAUGAAAUCAUGCAAAUCAGCGUUGAAGCAGAAGGAACUAUUGUGAGAGUGAUCACCAGAUUAGACGAAAUUUGUCGUGAGGUGAAGAACGCUGCUUUAAUUGUGGGUGACACAUCAUUGCACGCUAAGAUGAAUGAGGCACAAGAGAAGAUCAAAAGAGAUAUUGUUUUCUGUGCUUCUUUGUACUUAUAA